AUGCUUCUCGUGCCUCGGCCAUCAUCUGACCCUAAUGAUCCUCUGAACUGGUCCCGACCAUUCAAGUAUUAUAUUGCCGUUCUUACCUGCGCUGCAUUAACUUGGGUCAACUUCUUCGCAGCCGGCCCGUCAACUGUUCUGGUCGAGAUAGUCAUCGACCUCUUUCACGCCUCACCCCCUGAACCCAACAACCCAAACUCCCUGACCCCAUCAUCUAUUGCGGCAUUCUCGUCUGCAGUAAGCAAAGCAGCUCUACUCUUCUCCACUCCCUCCGCAGUUGCCGGUAUAUCAAACCUUCUGUGGGUUCCCCUCGCAGUCAAAUACGGCCGUCGAGCUGUCUAUACUUCGUCAUUUCUUGGUUUCGGAAUCUGCUGUAUUUGGUCUGCACGGGCUACCUCCUAUGGUAGUCUUCUCGCUUCUAGGAUUGUAGCAGCAUGGCUCGCCGGUAGCGCCGAAUGUGUUGCUCCAAUUACUAUUGCAGAUGUGUUUUUUCUUCAUGAAAGGGGUAAAAUGACAGCGAUGUAUUCGGCUGCGCUCUCCACAGGCGCCGCUCUCGGUGCAUUUAUUGCCGGGCUCAUGUCAAUAUCUCAAAGUUGGAGACAAUUCCAUUACCUUUGCGCUGGCUUAGUUCUAGCUACGACGACUUUGAUCUUCUUUACCAUGCCGGAAACUGCUUAUCAGCGAGAUGCUGGCGGAUCUGAGGAAGGUAAUUGGGAAUCGAAGGCUCCAGGGGUGUCUGAGUUGGAACACGUUCGAACGGUGGCUGAAAUGCCACCCAAGAAAUCUUUCGUCCAACUAAUGGCUUUCACAUCGUCCCCUUUAACACAGGAGUCGAUCUGGAAAAUUGCUUUUCGUCCCCUGCCUGUUAUACUAUUACCUCCCGUUCUGUGCACAACCGCCGCCAAUGCUUUCACGGAGAUCUAUGGUUUCUCAGUCUGGCAAGUCGGCAUGGUCUGGAUUGCGAGCAUUAUUGGAAACUUGCUGGGCAUGCCAUUUGGUGGGCACUUCUCAGACUGGGUCGCCAACCGCGCGACUAUGAAGAACGGCGGGAUUAGAGAACCGGAAAUGCGUCUUCCUGCUGUGAGCAUCGCUAUGAUCUGCUACCCUGGAUCUCUGCUUCUUUAUGGCCUGGGUAUUCAUUACAAAACUCACUGGAUGGUCCCGGUAUUGGGAAUAUUUUUGUUCUCCUUUGGCAGCAGCGCUGCAAUCGGCAUUAGUGUUGUCUAUACAAUUGACAGUUACAGACCAAUUGCCGGGGAGGUUGUCGUGAGCCAGGUUGCCUUUAAAUCUAUUAUUGCUUUUCUCAUGUCUUUCUAUGCAAAUCCGUGGAUUGAUCGGGAUGGCUAUGCAGGGGCAUUUUCAACCAUGGCAGCCUUUAGUUUUUUUGUUCUCGCCUUGUGGAUUCCAAUCUAUAUAUGGGGUCGGUGGAUUCGGCAUGUUACUUUCAAAUGGCAUAUUAUGAAACUUGCUCACUGGAAUGUUGACAGGGAGACGGGCGAGUAG